AAUGAAAUGACAGAAACCCUGAUUUAAAAAACAACACACGUGCAUGUGUUUAUCACAAUUUAUGGUUUGACAUUUGCAAAAAAUGUCAAACGGAUUGUUUUGAUAUGUGCAAGGACAUGCUUAGAACAAGCUUUGCAUUGGACUUAAAAUGACUAAUGCAUCAUUAUUUUAAAUAUCAAAUCCAUGGGAUAGUGCUCAACACGGUUCAUUAAAUCAGUUAUCGCUUUCGUACAAAAAGGCAAACAAUGGAUACAUUAGUGUGCAGGUGUGCAUUUUUAGUUGUGCUGAUACUCAUAACGGAGGUUAGCGGCCGACCUGGAUUUGGCCUUUGCAAGUUUGAAAACAAAACUAGUUACACUGAUGCUUAUUGCAACGGAAAGGGAAACCACCAAACACUCAGCAAAGAAAAGUUUCCACUGGACGUUUAUAGGCUUUAUGUCUCUAACUUUAUUUUCCAAAACCUUUCAAUGGAAACGUUCCCUCCUUUGCUAAAUGUGACGAAGUUUUAUGCCAAGGAAAAUGAUAUAUGGCAUAUGGAGGAUAACACUUUCUUGUAUUUUUCAUCCCUUAAUGAGGUAUCGAUUUCAAAUUGUACAAUCAAAAACAUAACACAAAUUUUUCAAGCAAUUAGCAGUGUGAAAGUCAACGUUACCCUUUCUAUCGAAUGGAUGAGACUUACGAAUUUGAAUGAUAAGCAGCCAUUGAUGCACGGUGACGCUAAUCUGACUAAUCUAACGCUCGGCGGAAACGAUAUUUCGGAAUUGGACACUCGUUUAUUUGCUCGACUCAAUCGUUUACAACAUCUGUCCGUUGUUCGGAACAGUAUCAGCCAUUUCUCUGCUAAUAAUUCACAACUUAAAGGCGUAAAAACAUUAGACUUACAAAACAACAGACUAAAUGCUAGUACAGCCAGAUUUUGUUUAGAAAACGGCAAGAGUUUAUUUCCAAAUCUCUUGAUUUUAAACGUUGGAUAUAACAGUAUUUCAGUUAUCACUAACAGUACAUUCCUUGGUUUACAACACCUGAAAGUUCUUGAUCUCACUCAUAAUGAUAUAUCAAAUUUGGAUAUAGCAAGCAUGGCACAUCUCAUUUCGCUUCAACGAUUGGUUCUCAAACAAAACUGGAUUCAAACAUUUUCAGGUCUUACACCAGGAAACUUCCCUCCAAAACUGACGUAUUUGGAUUUAAAGGACAAUCAGAUUUCACCAUUUUUGCCAGCUCUAUGUUCUAACGGCAGUGCAACUAAGAACAAACUAGUGACUUUGAACCUCCGAUACAAUCGUAUAAGAAGAAUAACUAGUAACAAUACUUCGUGCUUAGUUAACCUGAAAAGACUGUAUCUCCGUAAGAAUGCAAUCAAAGAAAUACAGAAUAAUGCUUUCACACACUUAAAAAGUCUCCGCGUUUUGAAAAUUGAUAACCAAUUGUUUGGGGUCCAAAAUAUAUCCGAUUACGCCUUUAAUCUUUCCCAUCUUGUGUUAUUAGAUCUGCAGAAGAAUUUUAUGUUAUUAAAUGAUCGUAAGUUUGAGAAUAUUUUCUUUUCAAGCCCGCAUUUAAAAAAACUGCAUUUAUCUGACAACCAAGUUAACAAUAUUACUGGUCUUCUGAAAUUGAUCACGCCUUUAAAAAAUCUUACAUUUCUUAAAUUGGAAAGAGUAGGGCUGGAAAAAUUUCCUUUUGAAAUUCUAAGCAGGUUACAGACUUUGAGAAGCAUACAUUUGGAUCAGAACAACAUUAAAUUAUUGUCUCUCCCACCCUCCUCGCAGUUUUCUACUUCAAUCAAAUACCUGUCCAUAUCUUAUAACACACUACAUUUUCGGCACAAACUAUUACUUCCUCAACCAAUCAUGUCUUCAUUAAAGUUUCUUAACAUAGGUCACAACUUGUUUGACUGUUCUUGUAGCGAAAUUUCCAGAUGGUUGAGGUACCAGAUUAAAGAAGUACCUUCGGGCACAUUCUUUCAGAACGUUAAACUACUCGACUGGCCAGAUAGUUACAAAUGCCAUUUCCCCCAGGAUAUGGCCGGGACGUUGCUUAGAGAUUAUCGACGAACUGAGGAAGAUUGCAAAAUACCAAACAAACUCAUACCUGUUUACAUUUAUUUUGCCUCUUCGUGUUUUGUGGUCACUGUUAUUGCAUCGAUUGCCUUUUGGAAAAGGUGGUAUAUAUUGUACUACUUGCACAAAUUUAAGAAAAGCUGCAAGAGGAAAAUGGCAGCCAACCCAGAACUAACUCACCUCUUAAAUCACGAUGAGGAAACUUACGACGCGUAUGUUAUCUACAGUGAAAACGAUGGCGGUUUUGUCCUUGGAGAUUUCCGAAAGCUUGUUGAAGAACAACUAAACUUCAAGCUUCAUAUUUGGGACAGGGACGGCAGUAUUGGAAAUGCAAGAUCAGAUUCCUACUUCGAUGCCAUAGAAGCGUCCAGACAUGUGCUUAUAAUCGUUUCUGACAAUAUCUUCAAAGAUGCUUGGUGCGAGUUCCAGAUUAACAUUGCUUUGAUGAGAAACGUAGAGACGGAGGGACGAAAGAAAAUGUUUCUAGUUAUUUUGAGUAACCUUAAUGUAGAAUCCAUGAAGAAAUCGGGGUGUUCGUUGCUUGCCAAAACGUCUUCAGGAAAAUGGUGCGAAACGGAAAAUGAGAUACGGCAAAAAGUGUUUACACAAGAUAUAAAAGCCACUCUUAGUCAUUGAAAUUUGUAAAUAUAUAUACAUAUAUGUUUAAUGUGUUGUAUAUUGACUAUACUUUAACGAUUUCAAUUAUUAGAAUAGUGUGUAUCUAAAGAUAUUAGAGAAAAAUAUAAAUGUUUACUGGUGCAUCGUCGCUAUACCAAUUAUCCUAAUUGGCUCCAGUAAUGUGUUUGACAAAUUCACCCAUUUGCAUAUUUUUAUUACUAAGUUUUAUUUAACGCGUCAUCUUAAAACGUAUACACAUUUAAAUGGGACGUUAAUGUUUUAGCGUACGAUAUUGUUAUCAAGUAUAAUGUUCUCUGUGACUUUCAUAAUCACAUAAAGAAGGAAAUCAAGCACACUGUAGUACAAAUGCACACUGUUAAUAUAUACCGUACGCUAUAGAACAACAUUUAUAAUGAGAAGAUAUUAAAUAAAUUUCAUCAUAUUUACAAUACAACAUAGGUGUGUAUAUCACCAUUGAUGGUUGUCAUUUGCAAUUAUUUUCAUAUGUGCAAGGACAUGCACAGGACAAUUUUUUUACUCAUAAUGACUUUUGCUCCAUCAUGUUUAUUCUUGAAGCUAUUGAAUAGUACACUAUUCCCCUCGACCAAUGAUCUCUUCUGUAUAAAAGCAGAUUAUGGAUACAUUGGUGUGUUGGUUUGCGAUAAUUUCCAUUGUCCUGAUACUCAUAACGGAGAUUACCGGCAGGCCCGAUUGCAGUCGCUGCGUCCAGUGCCCUGUAUCAAGCCUCUGCAAGUGUGAAAAAUAUAUAUACACUAAUGUUUAUUGCGACGGAGAGGGAAAUCACCGAACAAUCUGCCAAUAUUGGACUUAAAAGACUUUUCAAUCAUAAUUUUCAAUCUUGAAGCCAUUAAAAAGUGUUGUACCUAUUUCAAUCCAUCAAUGAUCUCUUCUGUAUAAAAUCAGAUCCUGGAUACAUAAGUGUGUCAAAACCAAAAUGCAAGUGUUCCAUUAGUCGCUUUGAAUAAAAGUGUACAUAGUUUUAUAAGCUACUUGUACAUUACAUUGCUGCUGAUCUUUACCUCUUCUAUGUAACCUGUUGUAAUUAUAUCAGUUGUAUUUCUUUUAGAAUAAACAUUUUGAGCACUAUGUAUAAACAUUCUCAUGUAGUUUAAAUUUGUUUUAGACUGCUCUAAAUUUGAUGUUGUUUUGCUUCGGUAGUGUUGUAUAUGUGUAAAUGUCAUAGUUAUAGAAUAUGCUUAGAAGUUAUUAUAAACCCUUUGUCACUCAUCUAGAUCUAUGCUAUGUAUGUAGUUUUUAGCAUGCUCAACAUCCUACAUUUAAUUUUAUUCUAAAUUGCAUCUUUUGUGUCAUUUGUCACAUUUUCCUCUGAUUUGUCUGUAAUACGUUGUGCUUUUCUCUGCUUUCUGUUGUUGUUUUUUGAAAACUGCUUUUUAUCAAUAUAUUUUGGAUUUUAGAUAAAAGUAUAAUUCCAAUAUUGGAAUCAGACAUAACCACAUCAGCCAAGCAAUCCUGUAAUCAUAGUUUUAAUAAAAAUAUUUUAGUAAAAAUCGAUGCUUAAAUUUUUCUCAUAUUUUUAUUAUGUUCUAUCUAUUUAGAAUCGAUGUAUUUAUAAUCAUUUAAUAUGGUAUUAUUCUUUGUCUUAACUAUUUUGCUUAUACUAUUUUACUUUCAUAUGUGAAUGCAUUUAUCUAUUAUAUUCCAUUGUUUUUGCAUUUUUGUCGAGAAGUAGCUCUGCGAGCUAGUGUUGUAAUUUAUGUAUAUCCGACGUGAAAUAAAUGUUCUUGU